CCCCAGCCUAAGGCCGCACAGCUGACUUGGCAGGAGGCGACUCAGGCAGCUGGGGACGACUGUCACCACGUCUGUCUCCCACCCCGGGCACCGCACCGUGCUACCUCCCCUCGCCGGGCAGCUGGGAACGACUUGUCAUCUUGCCUACAGCACACCCCAGGCACUGCAUUGUGUUACUUCCCCACGCACUGGUGUGAGACGAGCGGUGCGGGGUGCACCGAAGCAGCCAUGGUGUUGAUGGUGAUGAUAGCACGGGCCUCUGACGGCCUGCCCCUUGCCGCCUCCCUGCAGGAUGACGAGCAGUCUGGACGAGGCAUGUUGGACUACCAGAACCAAGCUAAGAUGCUGUUCAAGAAGCUCACUCCCAACAGCCCCUCCAGAUGCUCCAUAGAGUCUGGGCCAUACGUGUUUCAUUACAUCAUCGAGAAUGACGUGUGUCACUUGGUGCUGUGUGAACGAGGCUUCAGUAAAAAGACAGCUUUCACAUUCUUAGAAGAUAUGUCGUCAGAGUUUCUGUCACAGCACGGGCACAGAGUACCCCAGGCCACACGUCCCUACUCCUGCAUUGAGUUUGACACUUACAUACAAAAGCUGCGCCGACAGUACAGUGACCAGCGAGGCAGACGGCACCUACAUCAGCUGCGCGAAGACCUGAACGAUGUGCAGCGAAUCAUGAUGGAGAACAUAGACGACGUUUUGCAACGAGGAACAGCUCUCUCAGACCUUGAAAACAAAGCAAGUGGCCUUUCCAGCCUCUCCAAAAGCUACCACAAGGAUGCACAGUACCUGAACAUGAGAUCCACAUUUGCAAAGAUUGCUGCAGGAGGUGUGUUAACACUAGUGAUCUUACUUUAUUUCUUUGUCUUUUAGAACAAAGAAAACUUUAUCCUUCACACUGAAACAUGAUGCAAAUGGGCAUGUAUCAAGGAAGGUUUAUCCAGGUGAUUGCUAUGCCAGAAAAUGUCUUUCAAGUUUUUCUCAUGGUUUGUCCACAUCCAUAAGUAAAGCUGGUGUGGCUUAUUUAUUUCAAAUCAGAAUUUGAGUGAAAUUGUGUUAAGCCCUACACAUUGUGGAGCCUUUGCCACCAUUGUCCCCCCCCCUGCACCAUCACUGCAACAGAAACACCCUUUUAAAACAUGUGACCAAUGUCAAGCUCUGUGUUCUAAUGUGCUGGGAUAUUAUGGUUAUUCUUUUAUAUGCUGUUAUAUAUAAAGAUACUUUUACUAGAAUAAAAUUUGUGGUUCAUCAAA